UUCUUUCUCAAGAACCUUCAAUAACAACUUUACCUAUCGAACUUUAUAAUUCUAUAAUUAAUGCUAAUUACAAUUUCGACACAAAAAUGAUCACUUUAGAAGAUACCUCUAAUUACCUCUUUGCAAUUAGGCGUGUCAAGAUUAAGCGUAUGUUUAUUAAAUGCAAAGAUAAAUUUUCAAAUGGUAAAAUUAAAGUAUCAAUUUCCGAGGUAUAUGAAGAUGAAAAAAAUGAUUUACAAGUAACUAUAACUAGCGAAGCAUUACAUAAGGUUAUUAAAAAAAUGUGUCAAACAGACAAUAUAGAAGAAAAAUUAAG